AUUUAAUUCAAUCAUGAUAUUUAGAAUGUUUAACUUUAUGAAUUCUCGGAUGGAUGAAUUCAUUGAAGAGAAGAAAGACAUAAAAUUAAUAUUGGAUGAAUCGUUGCUAUUGUAAGAUCUGUUGAUGCCAUAAUAACAAUAUAAAUUGCUUAAUUAGUAAUGUUGGAGAUGAUUCAUAGCGUCAAGGACCAUCCUGAACAUUUAGAGACUUUAAUUGAGUACAUAACAGAAUAUAAAGAUGAAACUUAACAUUAAAGAUUAUAAUAUAAGUAUCAAUGUAUUGAAGAUUGCAAUUAGAUAUCCCUUUUUAGCAAGUGAGAUCCUAAGUAAGGAGAAUGAUUUCUUUCAAGAUUUCCUUUUUGAAGAAGAGAAUGUGCAUUACUUGAAUAGACUAUUUUCUAUUUUGAAUGAAGAUAUCUUAAAUAUCACAUAAGCAGGCUACUUCUCUAAAGUAAUCCUUACUUUAUUGAGAAAGAAGCAUUUCAAAGUAUUCGAUUGAAUAUAACAGCAGAUGUUACAAUAUUUAAAUGAUAGAGAUAUUACUAAUCUUCUUAAACAUAUUGAUAUCCCACACAUUGCUGAAAUUAUUGAAAAAAUUGUUAUUCCAGAUUUAAAUGAUGAUAAUCUAUUACUUUAAAAAUAAAAAUCAGUAUUACAAAGAAUCAUGAAAAUUGCUUUGCAUCGUUACUAUGAAAGUGAUGUAUAUAUUCCUGUUUUAAUCUAGGUUUUUGACAAUUGCUUAUUAAUUAUUAACAAUCUAAUAAAGAGUUAAAUCAAUCAAGAUCAGGAAGAAUUGAUCAAAAUAGUUAUGAAUCCAUACUUCUUUCUCACCAUCUGUGUAAAUAUCAUUUUUAUGAUCUUUUUUUUAGUACCAAAGUCAAAGAAGUGCAGCAUAUGAAUUAGUAUCAAAUCUACUGUAAUAUAUUAAUAAUUCAGGCAAAACAGAUUUAUUUCUCUAUUUUAUCGAUGUAGCUAAGCAUCUUCCAAAUGCAUUCACUACUUCUAAUUUAUAUGCCAUACCUCAUCAAACUACAUAUGGCUAAAUUAUUACUCCUUUAUCUAGUAACAAAUUGAUAUUACUUCAAAUAUUUUACUUACUUUUACUUAGUGAGAAAUAAGAAAUCUUGAUGGAACUCCUUAAUAAUCAAUCCUUUUAAGUUAUCACCACUGUUAUAUUGGAACAUGAAUUUAAUAAUCAAGCUCUAAUUUGGUUUGAUAAGAUAGUGAUCUUCAUUUCGUAGAAACUGCCGUAUAUGUUCAAAUCACUUUCAGAAUACUUAGCCUCAACUAUAAUGAAAUACAAUUAAAAUUAAAAAAAAAAAGUUGGAUCUCUUAGAAACAAUAUUAAACCUGGAUAUUAGGGAAUUUUAACUAAAAUUUCAAAUUUAUUAGUUGAAAAUCAUUUCACAAAUGAGUUUUGGAAUCAAUAUAUUAAUGACACUCUAUCUAAAAUUAAUUCAGUAGAAAAACGAUUAUUAUGUGAUGUUGAUCCUAAACCAAGAUAAAUAACAUAAUGUAUUCAAGAUUCAACAACAUUUGAACAGUCUAAAGAAAAUGAAGAUAGAGAAGAAGAUGUUGAAGUAGAGGAGGAAGAUAUUCCUGAAGAUGAUAAUAAUAAAGAAAAUGAAAAUGAAAAUGACGAAAAAGAUUAGAAUUAAGAUUAAUAAGAAUAAGAAGAGAAAUUUUAUGAUUGCAAUGAGGAAGGUCGAUUGUAACAAUUAGAAGAACUUUAAUAAAUACAAUAAGAGGAACCAAAAAAAGAUAAGUUAUUAUCAAAGUAUUAAAUGUAUUUUUGAAUUAGACAUAAAUCAAGUUCGGAGGAAUAGGAAUUAAUUGAUGAAUAGAUUGAAGAAAUCAUUUCUGAUCCAUAAACAAAACCAGAAUAAGGUAUAUAUAUUAUAAUAUGGAGUAGUUGCAUAAAUUAUUUAAAAUGAAGAGGUUUUAAUUGAUGAGAUUGGUCCUUUAGAAUUAGAAAAUAAAUAGGAUCAUUAGGUUAAUGAAUAUUAUAAAAAGCAUGAGGAUCCAUAAGAUGAAGAGUGAUAUAUA